UAGGCUCAUAUGCUGUGAAGAUCCUUUUCCAUCCGCUUCUCUUGAAUCUCUGUCGUUCUCUGACAUUCCCAAUGUACCACACAUGUGCAUGAUCUGGAACAUUCAUCAGUUGGGGCCCAUUGACAUCAUGUCUUGCACCCAAGAGUUGGGCCAAUCCACCCAUCAUGUGGGCCACAUGUGAAUUGUAAAAAUGGAAAAGCUCAUCCAAUUUCUAUAUUGAACUUACAUAGCUGGUCCACCUGAUUAGAGUGGACGAGCUUGAUUCUUGGGCCAAUGCAUGUUAUUCAUGGUUGGCCUCAUGGCCCACCACCCCCACCUGCUAAAUGGCCAAAAUAUUUUACAUGUGUGCCACUUGGCUCAUAUCCUGUGACCUGAUGAAUGGCCAAAAUCUUGUACACAUGUACCAUAUUGGCUCAUAUCCUGCGAAGAUCGUUUGUAGCCCUUGUUGGUUGAGUCCCCAUUGCUAUCGAGCUCAUAUUACUGUUUUUCUCAAUCAUUUCUCCCUUUACUAUUUGGGAUAUGGGCAGUUCGGAUCCACAAAUGACAAGGUUAUGUUGAUGUUACUUACAGGUAAGCUUGAGAUCAAGUGAAGAAAGAGGUUAAACUUCCAAUCUUUUUUAGCCAUUGGCGGAUGGGAGACAAACCCGAAUCACUCGCAGAGGGCUGGCAGAAGGUGGAUAAGGAGGAGGUUCAUCUUAAAAUUAAGAGCAAGGAAAGAGAGCCCGAGACAGAAAAGGAAGAGAAGAUAGAGAUGGAAGUUGAACAGAAGUCUAAGUCUGUGGAGAAAGAAAAGUCAAAGCAUGGGGAAGACAAGGAUGGGAAACGUGACGAGAAAGGGGAGAAGAAGAAAGAGAAGGACAAGAAGAAGGAUCAUGAAGACGAGUUGAAGGAAUUGGAGAAAGAGAAGAAGAAAAAGAAGGAUGACGAGGGAGAGUCGGAAGGAAAAAGAAGAGACGUUGAACGUGAGGAGAAGAAAAAAAAGAAAGACAAGAAAAAGGAGGGUGACGAAGAGGAGUCCAAGGAAAAGGAGGAGAAGAAGGACAAAGUCGGGAAACCAAAGGAAAAGGUGAAAGAGAAGAAGGACAAGGAUGGAGAACCAAAGGAAAGCAAGAAAGAGCGGGACAAAGAUGUGGAACCAAAGGAAAGCAAGAAAGAGGGGGACAAAGAUGCAGAACCAAAGGAAAAGGAGAAAGCGAAGAAAGACAAAGACAUUGAAUCAAAGGGAAAAGACAGAGAGAAGAAGGACAAAGAUGGGGAACCAAAGGAGAAAGAGAAGAAGGACAAGGAUGGAAAACCAAAGGAAAAUGAGAAAGAGGAGGAGAAGGACGAAGAAGGAGAAUCGAAGGAGAAAGAGAAGAAAAAGAAGAAGGAUAAAGAUGGCGCUGAAGGAGAUGAAAAGAACAAAGAGAAAGAAGAGAAGAAGAAAGAAAAGAAGGACAAACACGGAGAGUUGAAGGAAAAAGAGAAAGACAAGAAGAAGGGAAAAGAUGAGGAUUCUAAGGAGAAAGAGAAAGACAAGCAGAAGAAGGACAAAGAUGGAGAGUUAAAGGAAAAGGAAACAACCAAAAAGGAGGAUAAAGACGGACAGUCGGAGGAAAAAGGUAACGAAGUAGUGAUUACAAGAGAAAUUAAAAUUGAAGAUGCAAAGGAUGGGGAGAAAGACGAAGGAGAGGAGACAGAAAAGGGGAAGGAAAAGAAAAAAGAAGAUAAAGAAAAGAAGACAGAUAAACAAGAGCAACCAGAGGAUAAGGAAGCUGAUGACAGUAAGAAGGAAAAGAAAGGCAAGAAGGAGAAGGGUGAGAAGAAGAGGAAGCUUGACGGGAAGGAUAAAAGCAAGGAAACCGGGAAACUGCAACAGAGGCUUGAGAAGAUUGAUGCCAAGCUGGAAGUGCUGUUGGCGAAAAAAGAAGAGAUCUUGAAACAGAUCAAAGAAGCCGAAGUGGGUGGUGCAGCUGAAAAACCUAAAAAUGCCGGCGAUGCUGAUGUAGCGUGACAAUGCUAGAGGUACUAUUGGUUUUUCUCUGUAAUAUGUAGAUUUUCCUGAAAAGCUUUAGAUGUAGAUGCUUUUACAAUAAAUUUGAGCUCGAAUGCUGAAUUCUUGUUUC